AUGCCUACAAACGAUGCUAGCGGCAAAGCAAAAAAGCUUGGGCAGGCUGCCAAGAAAAAGAUGAACGAGGCAGGGAAAGCUCUCAAAAAAACAACAAACAAAGUCGGCAGUAAAGCUGGGGAAUUCAAAGAAAAGGUAGCCAGCGAAGAGAACAAGAAAGUUGCCAAGGAAAAAUGGAACGAAGCCAAGGUGGGGAUCAGUCAAGCUGUAAAAAAAGCCAGCGAUAAGGCUGAUGAACUUGCGGAUAAUCUCAGUGACGAAGAGUGUGUUGAAAAUACGAAAGAAAAGGUGUGUAAUACCUGUAAAAAAGUUAGGGAUAAAGCCAGAACGACAGGAGCUAAGAUGAAAGAAAAAUGCCCUAGCAAAGAGAAGCGGGAAGCGGCUAAGGAGAAGUUGAACGUAGCCAGGAAAGGAGCCAGAGAUACAGCUAGAAAGGCCAGCGCUAAAGCUAAUCAGAUUGCGGAUAAGCUCAGUGAUGAAGAGUGUAUAGAUACGGCAAAGGAAAAGUUGUGUAGUGCCGGUGAAAAAGUCAAGGACACUGCAAAAACGACUGGAGCAAAGAUCAAAGAAACAGUCACCAACAAAGAGAAUCAGGAUGCAGUUAAGGAAAAGUUGAACGAAGCCAGGAUGGGAAUUAUUGACAUAGCAAGAUUGGCCAGCGCUAAAGCCAGAGAAUUCGCGGAUGGACUCAAUGAAGACAACUGUGGAGAAACUGCCGAUGAGAAGUCGAGCAACACCGCUACAGAGGUCAGGGAUGCUGCAGGAAAGGAUGGGACUGGGGCUACCGAGAAUAAAGAGAAGACCAGCAACGAUAAGCGUGAUGCGGUUAAGGAAAAAUUGCGAAGUCAAGAGGGGGAUCAAAGGCAAAAAGAAAAGGGCCAGUGA